AUGGACCUAACUGAGCGCACCAAGCACCAAGCAAGUCACCAAAGCCCGCAUCCAGUCGGCAGAAAAGCAAGCGCAACACCUGCUCGCCGUGGCGAAACAGCGACGAGGGGGGAUCCCCGCGGCUCUGAUUCGCUGCGGAGCAAGAGCAGCUCGCCGAUGGACGGCAAAAAGAAAGACUCUGAUGAGGAAGGCAAGAACACAAAACGACGGCAUAGCGCGCGGCGGGCAGAAAACGUCAACACAACGCGCGAGAGUGAACAGCAAGAACGCGAGACGCACGAUUUUCGCCCGCGCUUCGGAUGCAAGGAGAGCUUGCCUCGACAUACCGCCCGCGCCGCAACAACUGCCACCGCCACGCCUCCUCUCUGGCUCGUCAUCCGAACCUCCACUCAAGCACAGGCAGAUGAGCGGACGUCCGCCGCGUCCACCUCGGACAGGCACGAAGGCGUACGGUCCGUCCCACCCCACGAACCACCACGCGACGUGCUUCGCGCGCGCCGUGUGCGCGAUCUGGACAUCGUACCUCGACCAGCGUGCGGUCGUUUUGAACGGCAAGGCGAGAUUUUGGGCAUGAAUCAGCUCACUAUCACCACUAUCACCACUUUCAUGAGUGCAAGAGGAUGUGUGGCCAAUAGGGCAAGAUUGCGCAAGGAAAUGCUACUGCAUAAAGACCCUCUGGCCUGA